AUCUAGAACAUGCAUCGUGUGACCCUUGUCGGCCACUGCCGGGGCCUUCGCCUACCGGUCCGCCACACGCCUGUCACCGAGCGCGGUUGUUGACGAGACGUUCACAGACCCGCGUGUAUCUCCAUGCCCUCUUGUAGAAGGGCGGGGCAAUGCUGUGCCUGCGACGGCAGCCUCCUGAGUCGCAGACUGCCGACGCAGGGCGGGAACCGGAGAUGCAAGUGCAAAUCUGAUCCUGAUCCUGAUAAGGACUUCGGCAGCGUCCGCGUUCACGAACAGCAGGCGUCGACGAUGAGAGGGCAUCUCAAGGAAUAAGUAUUGUGCCGCUGCAAGCGAUUGAAAUCUAGCAAGCGAUACAAGUUCACAAAUCUCAUCAUGUCGUCGAUACAAAUCACUCCUGUCGCACACCCAGCCAACAUCGGUGCAGUUGCCACUAACCUCGAUGUCAACAACCUGUCUGAGGCAGACUGGAAAGUAAUCCACGACGGACUUUACACACAUUCAGUGCUUGUUCUGAAGAACCAGGCUCAUGCCACACCGAAGGCACAAUUUGAGCUUACACAGAAGUUCGACCCCGCAUGUUCUGGCUAUGGACAUGGCAAGACGCUGGAUGCAAAGCGCAGCAUUCUCCACCCAGACCUGAAGACGAUCCCGCACCAGCCCCAGGUACAAGUGAUCGGAAACGGCUUCGUGGAGGAGUUUGAAGGCCUCAAAGACAUCACGCUCAAGCACCCACACCACAAGACCUUCCACAAGACCGCUGUCCCAGAAGCAGAGGACCUGGACUUCACGCGAUUCUACCGUUGGCACAUCGAUGCUGCUCUGUACGAUCUGCAACCGCCGCGAGUAACCUCACUCAUGGCCGUCUCGGUUCCCAAAGGUCGGACGCAGACACUGCGCUACGAUGACGACACUGGAGACGAACUUCAGGUCCCGCUCGGUACCACAGCAUUUGCCUCGGGAUAUGCCAUGUACGAUAUCCUGUCAGACAGCGAUAAGGAGUUUGCGCGUACGACGAAGGUCGAAUACGCUGCUCACCCCUAUAUCUGGAUGUCGUCUGCGAAGUCGAAGUCGACAGGCUUGGGUUUAGAGUCAGAUGGCCUGGAGCUGCCUGCAAACGAACUGCCUCCUGUCGAUGAGUCGAAGAUCCUGAUGUUGCCCAUGCUGUGGAAGAAUCCAGUGACCGGAAGGUUCGCACUCCAGAUUCAUCCGUCUGCGGUGCGCAGGCUGCAUCUCAAGGACGGUUCGGUCAUCGGGGAUCUGAAGGAGGUGCGCGACAUGGUGUAUCGAUUGCAGCGGCCAGGUAUUGCACCAGGGCUGGUGUACUGCCACGACUGGGAGGAGGGUGACAUGGUUCUUUUCAACAACCAGGGCACGAUUCACAGUGUCGUGGGAGCAUUCGCGCCCGACGAGGUCCGGAUCUUUAGGCAGUGCAACCUGGCAAGCAGCGCUCCACCGGAAGGUCCGGAAAGCCUUUCGCAGGAGGCAUGGACGCAGCCACUUCGCACGUACGAGCCUACAAAAGGUCCUCAGGCCGCUCUGCAGGCUUGGAUGAAGCCAAUGCGCGCAUACUAGUACAUCCUGCUGUAGUCAACACGAUACCCAAUUUGUUCCCUACGCGCCCGUGCUCGCUGUGAUUCUCGUGGUCCGUGCUGUAUUGGGAUGGAGAUGGGGAGACGAAUUUCGUGAGGCAGCCGUCUGCCGGUGUGGGACUGCGAAUCUGCGGGGAGCCCCCACCACUAUUCACACUUCACACCACUGCAACAGUGGAGCAUCUGUGAGGCCUCGCUGUAGUGAGGGUCCCUCGUGCUGGCGGUCUGCGCAAUCUUAACUCAGGCGCUCAGGUGCCGGGUGCACGCUGCCACGUUGCAGCCAAAAAGCAGGAGGCUGGUCUGCAUCACCACCACGGAAGUCAACUUUGGCGCCGCCCUGCAGGUACAAGAUUGAAAUGGCCUAGAAAGAAAUGCCCAAGUGUGGGUGAUUGGCCAGGCUUCUGUCGUGAC